CUUCAGAAGGACACUGAAAGAAAGAUCGAAAGGAGGCUGAGCAAACGACCAUGCUCCGCGCACCACCUGAUUCCCUUUUUCCGCUUCGUCACAUUCACAAACCCAACUCACUACUCAGAACUCGGACGACUCGGUUUUGUUGCAAAGCAAGUCUGAUCACAAACUCUGACUCGUUCGAGGUGGGUCGACUCAUUGGGAGCUAUGGCUUCAUGAACAUCACCAGCUCUUCGGGGUCUCCAUUGGGCGAAGAUACUGAAUACUCAUCGGGUGAUUUGGGGCGGUUGAGAGUUCAAGAUGUAGGAGAAGGCAGUGUAAAGAUCAGGCUAUAUGAUGGGAGAGUCUCUCAGGGUCCGCUGAAAGGGACUCCAGUUGUUUUUAAGGUUUAUCCUGGACAACGAGCUGGUGGGAAUGAGGCGGAUAUGAUGGCUGCUAAUGAGCUAAAUGCUCACCUAUUCCUUCAAAACAGUUCAAAUGGCAUCUGUCAGAAUCUUGCAAUACUCGUAGGUGGGUUUGAAACGAAAACUGGAGAGCAGUGGCUUGCUUUUCGUAAUCAUGGGAAAUCUAGUGCCGCAGAUUAUGCUAAAGUUAUGAGUGAAAAAGUGUCAAGAAACCGUGCAGCGGGAGUUUGGAAUAAAUUUGAGCAAGAGGAAACAAUCAAACGCAGAAGAUAUUUUGUUACCAAGCUGCUUCAGGGUAUUAUGAGAGGUCUGGCUUACAUGCAUGAUCAUGACAGGUUGCACCAGAGUCUUGGACCAGCUUCUGUUAUUCUGAACACAAUUACAGAGAGAGAUGCUGCUUACUUGGUCCCACGACUUCGGGAUCUAGCCUUUUCUGUUGACAUUGGGUAUUCAAAUCUAGAAGGGGAUCCUGGAUUACUAUCAGAGGGACUUUGGAGACGAGCAUCUACUGCCGGUGCCUUCACUCCUAUGGAAAAAAGAGCCUUUGGAAUAUCAGAUGACAUAUAUGAAGCAGGUCUUCUCUUGGCAUACUUAGCAUUUGUUCCAUUCUGUGAAGCAGGCAUAAUGGACGGACUUUCCUUGCAAAGGCUUUUGGAGAGCACUUUCCAACUUGAUCUUGGAGCAACAAGAGAGUACUGUUUAGCAGAUGACCGGCUAUUAGAUGCUGUGAAGUUCCUGGAUCUUGGAGAUGGUGCUGGUUGGGAGUUACUCCAGGCAAUGCUGAAUCCUGACUUCCGCAAACGGCCAAUUGCACAGGCUGUACUCAAUCAUCGCUUCAUGACCGUGGGCAUUCUUUGAGAUUUUGGAUAAAAAGAUUUGAUUUAUAAUGUAUAUUGAAAGGUAAAGGUACAUGGAUAAUUAGAUGAAGGCUUUCAUUAUUGAUAUGCCCCAUGUGCUUUACAAAAAACCCCAAUUUACCCCUUGUACUUGCAAUUGGCUCACUUU